CGUAUGUGGAGGGCUGACGGUAACGCGCUCGACCACUGUGGCGAAAAGACACCUCCGCCGCCGCCGCCGCCGCUUCACACGCACGCCGCUCACUGACCGACGGGCACCGGAGGAGGGACUGCCUCGCGACUGUGAGGCAGUAAAUGGCCACAACAUUUGCAAAAAAGAAAAGACGCUGCCAGUGAGACAACCUGUGUAGCAAAAAAAAAAAAAAAGAAGCGUCCUGGAAAUUAGGGCGCGUGUUUGCAGUGUAGGUUAUUAGAGCCUCUUCUCGCGCAAGGGAAGUUUCUGUCACCGAUUUUUUGGGGGGAAUCUUUGAUUUAUAGGCUGCAAAACAUGGAGGAGGACAACCAAGUACCUGAGGACCUGUCUUUGGAGGAAAGAGAUGAGCUGUCCAAUAUACGGCGCAGGAAAAAGGAGCUUCUGGAUGAUAUCGAACGGCUGAAGUUUGAGAUCGCAGAGGUAAUGACUGAGAUUGAGCAGCUAACCUGUGUGGGGGAGAGCAAAACCACGCAAAGAAACAAACAGAUCGCCAUGGGGAGGAAGAAGUUCAACAUGGACCCUAAAAAGGGGAUCCAGUUUCUUCUGGAGAACGAUCUUCUCCAGCACACCCCAGAGGACAUCUCACAGUUCCUCUACAAAGGCGAAGGGCUCAACAAAACAGUCAUAGGGGACUACUUAGGGGAACGGGAUGACUUUAACAUCAAGGUCCUUCAGGCGUUUGUGGAGCUUCAUGAGUUUGCAGACCUCAACCUCGUACAAGCCUUAAGGCAGUUUCUGUGGAGCUUCAGACUUCCUGGCGAAGCCCAGAAGAUUGAUCGUAUGAUGGAGGCGUUUGCCUCUAGGUACUGCCAAUGCAAUCCUGGAGUCUUCCAGUCCACAGACACCUGCUAUGUCCUAUCGUUUGCCAUCAUUAUGCUGAACACAAGCCUGCACAAUCCCAACGUCAGAGACAAGCCCCCCGUUGAGCGCUUCAUCUCCAUGAACAGAGGGAUCAAUGAGGGAGGAGACCUCCCGGAGGAGCUACUCAGGAAUCUAUACGACAGCAUCAAGAGCGAACCCUUUAAGAUCCCAGAGGACGAUGGGAAUGACCUGACGCACACGUUCUUCAACCCAGACAGAGAGGGCUGGCUGCUUAAAUUAGGGGGCCGAGUGAAAACCUGGAAGAGAAGGUGGUUCAUCCUGACUGACAACUGCCUCUACUACUUUGAAUACACAACAAUGAAAAUACGCUUCAUUAAUACGGGCUGGUAUCAAAUCCAGGACAAGGAGCCUCGUGGGAUCAUCCCGCUGGAGAAUCUCAGCAUCAGGGAGGUGGAGGAGCCAAGGAAACCUAACUGUUUUGAGCUGUAUAACCCCAAUCACAAGGGCCAGGUGAUUAAAGCCUGCAAGACGGAGGCGGAUGGGCGUGUUGUUGAGGGAAACCAUGUGGUGUACAGGAUAUCGGCUCCCACGCCAGAAGAGAAAGAGGAGUGGAUUAAAUCUAUCAAGGCCAGCAUUAGCAGAGACCCCUUCUACGACAUGCUGGCCACCAGGAAGAGACGCAUCGCCAACAAGAAGUGAAGAGGGAGAGUCUUCUCAACCCUCCAGCUCCUCCAUCUCUCUCUCCUUCCGUUCAUGAACACAUAAACUACACACUCUAGGGCAGCUGCUUCGCCACAGAAAAGGCUGUCAAACCCCCCCAAAAGACUUUAAACCCGAAUACAAACCUCAGUUUCUCUCCUGGACUGUCCACAAGUCAUGUGCACUUGCCGUGGAGACAUUACACACCACUGAGGGGACAGAUCUGUGGACUCUUUCAUGGAGCAGCACACAAACAAGCAACCAGGCCGAUUGUUUCUCCUCCAUCUCAUACGCACCCCCUACCUCUCCCUCUCAUGGUCAUUACACGUUUCUACGUCUCCCUAAAGCACAACUGCCAUGUUUCAGGUGCACAUGCAUGCAUGUGGGUUAUUAUAGACCAAUAUGUUUGUGUGUGCGUGUGUAUGCAGUGGUGUGCAUGCUAUUAAUGCACACAGUAUCUACAUUAUGGGUGCAUAAGUGAUACAAGCGCUCCCUCCACUGUGCUUUAUGAAGAAGUCCUAAUUCAAAGUCAGAGUUCAGAUGUCUGGUUCGGCCAGACAGGGAGUAGAAUGUGAGGAUGGAGGGUGGGAAGAGGAGACAAAUGGACAUAUUUGGGAGUUGGUGAGUAGAUCAGUGCAGCAUAAGCUCACCUGGACCGUGUCGUCAUCUCACUCUGGUGCUGAAUUCUUCUCUCCGGGUGCCGUGGCUGAAGCCCUGCACAGAGUAACCUCAGAAAACAGCGCUGGCUUACAUUUAGGUUCCUAACAACGCGUUGCAGUCUUGAGUCAGCUGGGCUGAUUUCACUCAUUUGUGUGGAGCAGAGAAUUUUGAAAAUGUGCAUACUUUUUUAUUUUAGUUGCAUAGAAAAGGAGCUUUUGCCGAGGCUUGAGAUGUUACUUCCUUAUUGGACUUUAAGUUGUGAUCCUUAAGAUGUCAUUACCGGUUGAUUUGGUGACACAACCGUGAUUUAAAGAUGGCAAGUGUGCUGUAAUACUACAAUAAACCUUUAGAAGCCACUUUGCAACAGAAGAGCAAUUAAGGUGUCAGUUUACAGUGCAGCCCAACAACUCGCAUUGUUACAAUGAAGAAGACAAUAAUUGUAACUGUAAUCUGAUUGCCUUUCGUCUGCAGCUAAACUUCACUGUGGCUGCUCCUUCUUGCUCCAUUGCUCCUUUGUAAAAAAUUCAACAGUAUGGCUAAUAUAUAUGGCUAAUAUCCACAGGAUAAAAUUCAACACAGUAAUGCUGGAAACAUGCAUGCAUGUUUUCCCUGUGAACCUUUAGUUAAUGUGGAUACAGCAGCGGAAUGGCGGACCCUGCCAUUAUUAAUAAAAAGUCAUAUUUAGAGAGGUAUUUCCCGAAUGUGGGUACAUAAAUUGGAUAUUGCAGAUUGAAUGCUGACCAGAAAUAGAGUCAGAAUUUCAGGUUCUUAAGGAUUUCAACUUUAAAAAGUCUACUGGGUAGGUUUUAUCUAUGGCUGUGCAAUGGCCCAUCGGGGUACCAGUCCAAUUAAGCUUUGUUUUUCCUCUCGUCUAUGGCCUAUGUCAGUGAAGGUCAAUGUAUUGUUGUGAACCUGUUUGCAUUUGGUUCGUAAUCCUAAAGAAUCCUUGCUUGCUUUUGUGUUUUUCUUUAAAAAAAAAAAAAAAAAGCAUAUAAAUAAUAACCAACUAUAAUUUUUGUAUUUAUUUUCAUUUGUGAAAAGGUUUAAUACUACCUGUAAAUGUUAAACAACGUAUGCUUAAGUUAUGUAUGUGUGUGUGUGUGUGUGUGUGUGUGUGUGUGUGUGUGUGUGUGUGUGUGUGUGUGUGUGUGUGUGUGUGUGUGUGUGUGUGUGUGUGUAUAUAUAAUGUAUAGGUUUUUUCUGGUCUCUUUGUUGUCGUAUGCACACUCUGUGUAACAUGUUUGAGCCUACCGGCAGAGUUUUGCAUCAGCUGAAGUUUGGGGUCUUCUUUACAAAAAGCCUUAAACAUAAUCAUAAGAAAAACAUGAUGGUGAUGAUGAUGAUGAUGAUGAUGAGGAGGAUGAUAUUGGUCGAUAACUGGGACGAUGCUGUUUAAAAAGCCAUGAAUGACGAGUGAGAAAGACGGUUGUAUUUAUGAUGAUGAUAAAGAUUAUAGU